AUGUGCUGCCUGUUGCCGCCCGUUGCUGCCCGUGCCUGUUCUGCCUGUUGCUGCCUGUUGCUGCCCGUGCCUGUGCUGCCUGUUGCCGCCCGUUGCUGCCCGUGCCUGUGCUGCGCGUUGCCGCCCGUUGCUGCCCGUGCCUGUGCUGCCCGUUGCUGCCCGUGCCUGUGCUGCCUGUUGCCGCCCGUUGCUGCCCGUGCCUGUGCUGCCCGUUGCCACCCGUUGCUGCCCGUGCCUGUGCUGCCCGUUGCCGCCUGUUGCUGCCCAUGCCUGCGCUGCCCGUUGCCGCCCGUUGCUGCCCGUGCCUGUGCUGCCUGUUGCCGCCCGUUGCUGCCCGUGCCUGUGCUGCCCGUUGCCGCCUGUUGCUGCCCGUGCCUGUGCUGCCCGUUGCUGCCUGUUGCUGCCUGUGCCUGUGCUGCCUAUUGUUGCCCGUGCCUGUGCUGCCUGUUGCUGCCCGUGCCUGUGCUGCCCGUUGCCGCCCGUUGCUGCCCGUGCCUGUGCUGCCCGUUGCUGCCCGUGCAUGUGCUGCCUGUUGCCGCCCGUUGCUGCCCGUGCCUGUGCUGCCCGUUGCCGCCCGUUGCUGCCCGUGCCUGUGCUGCCCGUUGCCGCCUGUUGCUGCCCGUGCCUGCACUGCCCGUUGCCGCCCGCUGCUGCCCGCGCCCUUGUGCGCUCUGCUCUGCCUGCGCCCUCGUGCGCUCUGCUGCCGCCCGCGCCCUCGUGCACCCUGCUGCUGCCCGCGCCCUUCCGUGGAACGGAGGCUAUGGGGGUGGCGGGUAUGGGGGUGAUGGGUGUGUGUGA